ACACACAAGUUUGUUUUACAUGACUCGAGCCGGGCCGGGAACUAGCUGCUUCUGGGGGUCGGCAGCAGUUGGAGAAACCAAGCCAACGGGUGCAGCCGAACAAGAGGAGCUGCCCAGAGACUCUUCUACGGCCAGGAGACUCUGACAGAGACCAGGACAGAGAGGGAGGAUUAGUGCUCCACUGGGCAAACACACAAAUAUGGCUGCUGAAUCUCUGACCUGCCUUCUCUGCAUCCUAUCAGGGAUCGCUUAUCAAGCUUCUGCCGCCAGGCUAGGGGAACAGCAACAAUCGCUACUGAAAGUGUGUGGAAAGAGACUUUUCCUGAGUGAGCAAAACAUCUGCUUGCCAUGUAACUGCAAGGGCCACGCGGACUACUGCGAAGACAUCACUGGCAUUUGUAUAAACUGCAGGGAACACAGUACAGGUGACUUCUGUGAAAUGUGUGAAGAUGGCUACAUGCUGGCUCGCAGCCUGGAAGGACGCCACUCCUGCCGACCAUGCGCCUGCCCCCUCUCCGUCCCCUCCAACAACUUUGCAGCACGCUGUGACAAAGGAAGUGGACUUCUGCGGUGCAAGUGCCAAGAGGGCUACGCCGGACAAAUCUGUGAGAGGUGUGCUCCAGGCUUCCACGGCAACCCAAUGGCGAUUGGUAAUUCCUGUAAGCGAUGCGACUGCAACAGCAACUCCGACCCAAACCUAAUCUUCAAUGAGUGCCACAACGUGACGGGGCACUGCCAGCACUGCUGGGGAAACACCAGCGGCGCCAACUGCGAGAGGUGUGCCCACGGUUUCUACGGCGACGCCAUCAGUGCCAAGGACUGCCGAGAGUGCGAGUGCAAUGAAUGUGGCACCUCUUCGUGCGACGACAGGAAAGGAGUGUGCCACUGCAAGCCGGGUGUCACCGGACGACUCUGUGACCAAUGUGAGGAGGGCUACUUUGGUUUCUCCAGCUGUCAGGGCUGCCGGAGGUGUGAAUGUGGGCCGGCUUCCAUUCGCUCCACCUGCCAUCCCCUCACCCACAGCUGUCCCUGCCGCCCGGGGGCCGGAGGUCGUUACUGCGAGCGCUGCCUCCCAGGCUACUGGGACUACAGCCGCGCCGGCUGCCAGAAGUGUGACUGUGAGAGUGGCCACUGUGAUAUGCAUACAGGAGAGUGCCUGCUCGAGGCUGCAACUGUCAACCUGUGCAACAUCAGUUGUGAUGAGUGCAUUUGGCAUCUGAUCGGGGACUUGCGGGUAUCCAAUAAGACGCUGGACCAGCUGAAGGUCGGAGUGCUGAACAUCUCCACUGGCGCUGCUGCCAACGACCGGCUGAAAUUCUACAACUACACUGCUCAACAGCUGCAGACUCAGUUACAAGGCUGGAGAAAUGGGUCCUCUUUGAUGAAGGCCCAGACUGUGGAGCUGGAGAAGGCCACGGACACCGUGGCGGUGGACAUCCAACAGCUGGGAGAAUCGGAGAGUGUGUUGAAGACUCUGGGGAACCAGCUGGAUAACGACACGCUGGAGACCCUCACUCUGGCUGAGCAGCUCAGCACCAACCUCACCGAUCUCAACCUAAGCAUUGAAGAGAUGAUCCAUGAGUGGGAGCUGUACAGUGUUAAGCAGGAUGUGGAUCCAGAGCUGGCCAGAAGGAACACUGAGCAGGCCAUGGGAAUGGUGACCUGGAUGAGGACACUGGAUCUGUCCCCACGGGGGCCCAUCGCCACCGACGAGUCGACUGAAGCCCAUGACUUGCUGAGGCGUAUCCGUCAGUUGGAGAAGAAGCUGAUGAGCACCGACGGCCGCCUCCCACCUGUCAGGGAGAUCCUGUCCCGCUUCUCCGCCAAGCUGUCGGACGCUCAGGGCUUUCUGCAGAAAGCAGCCGGCACCGUCAAGGAGACGGAGGCCACGAACAGAGCCAGCAUCCUCAAAUUCCAGAGGAAUGAGGCGAAGCAACAGAGGCUGACAGAGGACCACAACGAUGUCAACGAUACGCUGGGAAUAGCCAGAGGCUCCAUCUCUGAGACAGAGAGUACAGUGGCUGAGGUGGACGCCAUGGUGCAGAACGUGACCGAGUACCAUGCGGCGAUUGAUGGCGCCAGCCAAAGGCUGAUGGAGAAGACCGAGCGUCUCUCGCUGGCUGACAGAGAUCUGGUGCAGAAUGCCGAUGAUCACGCCGAAGAGCUGGAGAGACAGGCCAACGCUUUGGAAGAGGAUCUGAGAGAGACUGACGCCAAUGGCUUUGUGCAGAAAGCCAUCAGUGCCGCCAACGUCUACAACAACAUCGUGAAAUACAUCGACGAUGCCAACAUCACCUCGCUCACCACCCACAACUUAUCCCAACGAGCUGAAGACGCCACCACUGGGAUCAAUAUGCAGCUCAGGCACCUGGUAACCCAGAGCGACAAUGUUUUCAAGGAGUCUGUUUCAUUACAUUCAGAACAAAAAGAGGUUGAAGCUGAGGUGAUUGACAAACUCAAAUACAUUGAGGAGACCAAAGAGACCAUGGAUAAAAACACCCAGAAACUUUCAGAACUAGUGGAAGAUAUCAGUGGAAUUCAUACAGACAGAACACCACAGCGACUGGAAUUUUCCCUAAAUGUGGCUGAGGGGACUCUCAACCGCUCAGCAGAGGUCCUUCAAACCAUCGACCCCAUCAGCACCAAGGUGGAGGUGUGGGCCAACAACAUGAGAAACCAGGAUUACUCUACAGCUGCAUAUGAAGAGGCCGUCCUGUCUGCUGGGGAAGCAGUGGAAAACCUGAAUGUACUCGUCCCCAAGCUGCUAAACAAGCUGAAGGUGGUCGAGAAUAAGAAGCCUGUCAACAACGUGACCACCAACAUCGUGAGGAUCAGAGAGCUUAUAGCUCAAGCCAGGAGUGUGGCCAAGAAAGUCCAAGUGUCCAUGAAAUUCAACGGUCAAUCCUCAGUGCAGGUUCAUCCUCACAGCAACCUAGAAGACCUACAGACAGUGACAUCCAUCAGCCUGUUCAUCAGGGUGGACCCUGACAAGGAUCCCAUAGAGGACCGUUUCAUCUUAUACUUGGGAGACAGAAAUGGUAGGAAAGACUACAUGGGACUGGCUAUCAAGAAUGACAACCUGGUGUUUAUGUACAAUCUCGGAGGUGAAGAUGUUGAGAUCCCAUUGAGCUCAAAGCCUGUCAGCCAGUGGCCCGCGGUCUUCAACUUCAUCAAAGUGGAGAGGCUUGGCAGACAUGGAAAAGUCUUCCUGACCAUACCCAGCCAGAGCUUCACCGACGAGCAGAAGUUCAUCCAGAAAGGUGAAGCUCCAGGCACAGAGUCGCUGUUUGACAUCGACCCCAAGGAUAUAGUGUUCUUUGUUGGUGGCGUCCCAGCAGAUGUCAGGCUUCCACCUCCUCUGAGUCUCGCUCCUUUUGUGGGCUGCAUCGAGUUGGGUUCGCUAAACAAUGAUGUCAUCAGUCUAUACAAUUUUAAAGAGACUCACAAAAUUGAUGCCAUUACAUCAGCACCAUGCCCCAGGUACAAGUUGGCAUUUUCCCAGAGUCGCAUUGCCAGCUACCUGUUUGAUGGAACGGGCUACGCACUCAUCAAUAAUAUUGAGAGGAGGGGCAGAUUUGGUGUUGUCACAAGAUUUGAUAUUGCAGUGCGAACUGUCGCAAACAAUGGUGUCCUUCUCCUCAUGGUCAAUGGGGAUAAUUUCUUCCUUUUAGAGUUAAAGAAUGGCUACCUGCGCCUAAUGUACAACUUUGGCUUCAGCAAAGGGCCACAACUUAUUGAGAAUAACACACCAAAGUUGCAAAUAAAUGAUGCGCGAUACCAUGAGGUGUCAGUGAUCUACCAUCAGUCAAAGAAGGUUAUCCUACUGGUGGACAAGAGCCACAUUAAAUCAUUAGAGAAUCCCAAAACCACGCUGCCGUUCUCCGAUAUCUACAUCGGAGGGGCCCCCUCGAGCGUUCUUAAAUCCAGGCCUGAGCUGUCUGCCGUCGUAGGCCUGAAAGGCUGCGUGAAAGGUUUCCAGUUCCAGAAAAAAGACUUCAAUCUGCUGGAGGAGCCCGGCACCAUUGGCAUCAGCAGCGGCUGCCCUGAGGAGUCCUUUAUGUCCCGGAAAGCCUAUUUCACCGGAGAGAGUUACCUGGGGUCCACCGCAAAGAUUUCACCUUUCGACAAGUUUGAGGGAGGACUCAACUUUAGAACGCUGCAGCCUGCUGGACUCCUGUUCUAUCUCAGUGAAGGGCCUGAUGAGUUCAGUAUCUCUCUGGAGAAUGGAGCCGUGGUGAUGAACUCAAGAGGCACACGUGUUAAAUCGCACAAGAAACAAUACAAUGACGGAAGAACACACUUCUUAGUGGCCUCAGUAAACAAUCAGAAGUAUUCACUAUUGGUGGACGACAAAGACAAACAGGAAAAGAAACGUCCGUCAUCUGCCGCAAGAUCCUCAUCAGGUUCUGCUGUGAAGACCUUCUACUACGGAGGGUCGCCGAGCAGCAGCUUUAAGAACUUCACAGGGUGCAUCAGCUAUGCCUACAUCAACAGACAGGACCGGGACAUUGAGCCAGAGGACUUCCAGCGAUAUACAGAGAAAGUCCAGACGUCCCUGCAGGACUGUCCACUUCAGCGGCCCCCUGCUGCUCUAUUGUCAAGGCACAGGGAACCCUCUUCUAGAUCCAAACAGGUCCAAUCACACAAGGUUAGCAGGGAGGAGACCAGCCUCCCUGUUGGCCUGAUGGAACUGAAGAGUGAUGAGUCAUCAGAGCUAAAGGUCGAGCCCUGCUACCUCUCCUCAAGUCCCAGAGCGGCCCGCCAAGCCUUCCACUAUGGCGGCGUCGCUAACAGCAGGCAGCACUACACAGACCUCCCAGACUCCCUCGCUGAGAGGUCCCACUUCUCCUUGUCCCUGAAGACCCACUCGUCCUUUGGCCUCAUCUUUUAUGUAUCGGAUGUCCAAGAGGACAACUUCAUGGCUCUUUUCCUGGCCCACGGGAAGCUUGUAUACACCUUCAACGUAGCCGACCAAAGAGUCAAAAUCAGGAGCGAGGAGAAGUUCAACGACGGCGCGUGGCACAAUGUUGUUUUUAUCCGUGAUGGGAGGAUGGGGCGGUUAAUAAUUGAUGGUCUCACGGUGUUGGAAGACAGAGCUCAGGGAGGUAACAUCUCCUGGCACGUCAACAGUCCCCUCUACGUCGGAGGAGUACCUCCUGAGAAGGCCCAAAAGAAUAUUCAGAAGAACUCUGCUUACAGCUUCACCGGCUGCCUGAAGAACCUUCAGCUUGACGGGCAGUGGCUGUCCUCCGUGGCGGAGAACUUCGGUGUCACCCCGUGCUUCGAUGGACUCCACGAGGCGGGAACAUACUUCUCAGAGGAAGGAGGAUAUGUCGUGCUGGAUGAGACAUUCGACCUGGGGCUCAGGUUUGAGCUGGUGAUGGAGGUGCGGCCCCGUGUAGCAUCGGGUGUGCUGCUGAAUGUGCGCACAGCGGAGGGCUACUUCACCAUGUACAUCUAUCAAGGGGCAGUGGUGGUGGUUGUGAACGAUGGAUCUCAUGAGUUCUUCACGAAGGUGUCACCGAGACUGGGUCUGUGUGCCGGCAACUGGCACAGGAUCACUGUGAUCCGGGAUGCCAACGUUGUCCAGCUGGAUGUGGAUUCUGAGGUCAACCAUGUGGUGGGUCCGCUGGACCCCGGCUCCACAGACACCAAGAAGCCAGUGUUCGUUGGCGGAGCUCCAGAUCUUUUCCUCCCAGAGAGCAUCGCCACCAGGAAGCCCUACGUGGGCUGCGUGAGGAACCUGACCAUCAAUAACAGCCGAGUGAGCUUCAACAAAGCCGUUCUGGUCAGUGGGGCGGUCAGCGUUGGAACCUGUCCCGCAGCGUAACCCUACCUUCCUUCCGUCCACGCCAUCCCCAUCCCCAAUACAGCACUGACCAAAUACGUGACAAGACGCUCUUCAUGUCCAACAUAACCGAUAAGAGAAUUAGCGUCACUGCGCGUCCUUAUUUCUCUCUUCUACUGUAAUUCACAUUUUGUUCAUUUAUUUUUGUAUGUUUUUGUUUUGUUUUGUUUGCGUGACAAUGUCUCAUGUAAAGAAUACAACCAAAUUGUCCAAGAUUUGAAAAUAACCAGAAAAGAUUUAUAAGACGAAAAAUGUCAUGCUCACAACCAUCCUGAGCAACAGACAGAGUAUGCAUGAUUUAGACUUUUGAUGUUAAUGCAUUUUAUGUUCCGCCACCUUAUACUCACAAUGACACUUUCUUUUUUGUAAAAGCUCAUCUUUCUUUUUGUACAGUUUUAUUUCUAAUGAAUAAAACAUAUUUUACAUCCA